AAACAAAAACAAACAGAGCUAGAGGGGCCAGAGACUCGCCGAGGAGGCGGCAGAGACUGAGGAACGGGGACGGGGCUGGCGGCCUGGAGACCUGAGCGAGCGGCGGCGGCGGAGGCGGCCCGAAGGAUUCUAAAGGAAGACUUCCAUUUGAUAAUUUGUUUAAUUACUGCAAGUGAAAUUGAGGAACAAUGGACAUAGAAAAUGAACAGGUACUGACUGUAAACCCUACAGAUCCUGAUAAUUUAAGUGACUCUCUGUUUUCUGGUGAUGAAGAAAAUGCAGGGACUGAGGAAAUAAAGAAUGAAAUAAAUGGAAAUUGGAUUUCAGCAUCCUCCAUUAAUGAAGCUAGAAUUAAUGCCAAAGCAAAACGGAGACUACGGAAAAACUCAUCCCGAGACUCUGGCAGAGGCGAUUCUGUCAGUGAUAAUGGAAGUGAAGCCCUUAGAAGUGGAGUAACUGUGCCAACCAGCCCAAAGGGAAAGUUGUUAGAUAGGCGAUCCAGAUCUGGGAAAGGAAGAGGACUGCCAAAGAAAGGUGGUGCAGGAGGCAAAGGUGUCUGGGGUACACCUGGACAGGUAUAUGAUGUGGAGGAGGUGGAUGUGAAAGAUCCUAACUAUGACGAUGACCAGGAGAAUUGUGUUUAUGAAACUGUCGUUCUGCCUUUGGAUGAAAGGGCGUUUGAGAAGACUUUAACACCAAUAAUACAGGAAUAUUUUGAGCAUGGAGAUACCAAUGAAGUUGCGGAAAUGCUAAGAGAUUUAAAUCUUGGUGAAAUGAAAAGUGGAGUACCAGUGUUGGCAGUGUCCUUGGCAUUGGAGGGGAAGGCUAGUCAUAGAGAAAUGACAUCUAAGCUGCUUUCUGACCUUUGUGGGACAGUAAUGAGCACAAAUGAUGUAGAAAAAUCAUUUGAUAAAUUGUUAAAAGAUCUACCUGAAUUAGCCUUGGACACUCCUAGAGCACCUCAGUUGGUGGGCCAGUUUAUUGCUAGAGCUGUUGGAGAUGGAAUUUUAUGUAAUACCUAUAUUGACAGUUACAAAGGAACUGUAGAUUGUUUACAGGCUAGAGUUGCUUUGGACAAGGCUACUGUGCUUCUGAGUAUGUCUAAAGGUGGAAAGCGUAAAGAUAGUGUUUGGGGAUCUGGAGGUGGGCAGCAGUCUGUCAAUCACCUUGUUAAAGAGAUUGAUAUGCUGCUGAAAGAAUAUGUACUCUCUGGAGACAUAUCUGAAGCUGAACAUUGCCUUAAGGAACUGGAAGUACCUCAUUUUCACCAUGAGCUUGUAUAUGAAGCUAUUAUAAUAGUUUUAGAGUCAACUGGAGAAAGUACAUUUAAAAUGAUCUUGGAUUUAUUAAAAUCUCUGUGGAAAUCCUCCACUAUUACUAUAGACCAAAUGAAAAGAGGUUAUGAAAGAAUUUACAGUGAAAUUCCAGAUAUUAAUCUGGAUGUCCCACAUUCGUAUUUUGUGCUUGAACGAUUUGUAGAAGAAUGUUUUCAGGCUGGAAUAAUUUCCAAACAACUCAGAGAUCUUUGUCCUUCAAGAGGCAGAAAGCGUUUUGUAAGUGAAGGAGAUGGAGGUCGUCUAAAACCAGAGAGCUACUGAAUAGAAGAACUCUUGCAGUCUUAGAUGUUAUAAAAUAUAUAUCUGAAUUGUAAGAGCUGUUUAGCACAUUUUUUUUUUUUAAGCACUUGUUUUGGGUACAAAGCAUUUCUGAAAGUUUGCAAACUUACAUUUAAGGGGAAUUUUUAAAGGAAGUGUUUUUUUCUUUACUUUUUUUUUUUUUUUUGAGGCUAUAAAGGACGGAUGGAAAAGUAACCACUUCUUAGUGGGAUAUUCUGAUAAGCUACCUUUUGUAAGUGCCAUGUUUAUGACCUAAUCAUUCCAAGUUUUGCAUUGAUGUCAGACUGCCAUUCCUUUCUUUCAAGGACAGUGUUUUUGUAGUAAAAUCACUGGUUUAUACAAAGCUUUAUUUAGGGGGUAAAGUUAAGCUGCUAAAACCCCAUGUUGGCUGCUGCUGUUGAAAUACUGUGCUUUGGGAGUCAAAACAAAACAAAACACGUUAUUUCUUUGUCUUAAAGAAUUUUAAGAAAAUGAGUUAGUCAUGAGACUUAUUCAUCUUUCCAGGGAACAUAUUGAUUGGUCUUAAAGACUAGACAGUUCAGAAAAUGGUGGCUGGAACAUCUAUUUUUGUACAAAACUGGAAAAAUGAACCCGGUUCUAGAAGAAUGUAUGCCAAAAUAAAACAUGUGAAGCAGU